AAUAUAAUAAAUCUAAACCUUAUCCUCAACGUGAAACUUGUGUUAUUUGGCAUUUUGCGCCAAUAAUUUGUACAUUCUCUCCCUGUGCAAAGCCACACAAUAUGUGAACAGAAAUGCGCUCUGUAGAUGUCACAGUGUAGACAUUGCAGCUCACGGGGCUAUAAAGCCCAGCUUGUUUCCUCAUUGUUUUCGUGCAAAUCUUCACAGCGAGGCGAGGUGAGGCGGUCAAGUUGGAGCUCUGAAAGUCCUCUUCUCUCACCUGGGCGAUCAAGAGCUGGUUGCAUUCUCAAACUUUGGUUCAACCAACAAGAGGAGCGUAAUGGACAACGGCAACAGCAUCGUCCCCAUUGUGGGUAUCCAGAAGAAAGUCUCUGAGUACGCUCUGCCUGCAACCGUUCAAACGCACGAGGUCGUCCCCAUUGGAGACGAGCUGCUGCUCAUCACCCAGCAGGAGUGCAAUGGGAUCAUCAAAGUCACGCUGGAUCCAGCAACCGGCAGCCCGACAUUUGCUUCCAAAUUCACCCUGGACGGAUCCACAUACCAAGGAGCUCAUGGCCUCCGCGAUUCCAAAGCUUACCCGGGCUAUGCCUGGGUGACGCUCCAGUUCGACAACAGCUUACUUCUCAUUGAUCCCAUUGCGACUCAACAGAAUAUGCCCCCACGGGUGGAGAAGAGGUUUCGGCUUCCAAAGCCUCUCCGAGGCCCCCACGUCGUCAUAGAGGACGGCUCCGACUACCUGUGGGUGACGUGUAAGGACAGCUGCCACGUGGCGAAGGUGAAUCACCGGGAGUUUGCUGUCGUGGCAUACUACCCCUGCAGCCGCCGCCCCAUCUUUGUGGCGCCGACACACGAGUACGUGUACGCCAGCAUGGACGAGAGUAGCAGAAUAUUCUGCCUACAGAGGAAUGGUGAAGCCACAUCCGAGAUUGAGAUUCCGGCCGGGAAGGGAAGCACCCCUGUUGGGCUCAUCACUGGCCCCGAUGGAAAUGCCUGGUUCGUCCUGCUUGGGAAUUUGAAAGGGGGAACCGGUACCUUUGGAAGGAUUAGCAUCAACAAGGUGACGAACGAGCCAUGGAUCACCUGGUUCCAUCUCACCACCGCGACUACUGCCGGACUUCUCCAUCUCGCUUUCGACAACGGUGUCUACCAUCGCAGCCAGGGCAAGAAUCUCAAGAUCUGGCUGCUGGGAUCUUCAAUCGGCUCCCCCGCGAAUAUCAAUGCGGUGUUCACUGUUCACCUGCAGCCAGAUCCUAAGAAUCCAGAGCAGCUCCACCUCGAAAAGGAGGAGGUGAUCGUGCUGCCUACGCAGUCCUCGAUGGCGCACCGCGUGCUGAAGCACAGAUCGGGGCUGUUCGUGACGGAGCUGAGCGCCUCUGUUCUUGCGCACAUCAGUGGGACUGCGGUCUGGGGCCCUGACAGAGACGAUCAAGCCGCCGACGCAUAUGCUCUGUGGGGACUGGGCGCGCUCAGCAAUCGCGUUCACUACCCAAGCUUGCCACUAGCGGUCGCGGAGCCCACACUGAAGCGCAAGAAGAUCUUGGAAUAGUUUUGGUGUUUUAAAAAUAAUUUGCUAAGUGUUGCAAGUAAUGUUAAAAUUUUAUAAUUAUAAACAUGUUUAUAAUUUAUAAACACAAGAUUAACCUUA